AUGGAGAACGUAUAUUUCCCGAGCAUGGAUAUGCACGAUGCCCCCGAGCCUAACAAUGCCGGCGCCGCCCCCCAGCAUAGCUACAAUGGCGCCGACGAACAGCUCCCUUCCGGCAACUAUUUUGCCAAUUCCUUCGCGAAUGAGAGCGGAGAGUGGGACUCCAUACUGAGCGAGUUUUCGACCGACACUUGUAUACAAGACCCCGGCAGUUUUGACACAUCUCUUCUCUCGACGUCUCCAGUCACGUCGGCAUCCUUUCGCAACACCCCCGAUACUGUCGUCAGCAACGCCUGUGUGAGUCUCAACGGCCCCAGAGAAGGCGUCGACAACAAAAUUGUUGCAGUAGAACCCGGCAUCAAAGAUACUGCAGCUGAGGAAACCUCUCCGCAACGAACGACUACUCUGCCUCUCGACGUGGCCGCAAACGGCAGUCACCAACCAGCGAUUGACUCAGCACCAAACUUCGCCGCGGCGUCGGGACAGGCAACAGGCAUGGCGGCUGGCACUAUAGUGUGCUCUGCUGCUACACUGGGAACUUGCCCUACAGAGCCGUCGCUGGUCAUGACUACGUCUCCCAGGCACCGUGUCUCUCGCCUCCCACCAGACAUUGGGGCGGAUGGGCAGAUCAGAUAUCUUGAGCCACACGAGAUACCCCAGCCGUCUAAGACCCUCCACCAUACUACUCGAACUCUUGCCGGCGAUAACGUAGUGCUACCUCCAGAAUUGGAAAAACACAUGUAUUAUCCUCCUGGGCAGGGACCCAGUCGGCAACAUCAGCAGAUCCCACAGCAGAUGCAGAUGCAACAAAAGCAGCCUCAAGCUCUACAGCUCCAGCCGCUCCAGCACACCACAGUGCCUCAACAGUUGCAGAACCCCCAGCAGUUCCAACACUUCCCGCAGCUCCAGAAUCGCACAGCCCCUCGUACUAUUGCGAAUCAGCAACUCUAUAGCCAAAGCACUCACUUCACCGAACAGAAUGCUCAGCAUGCUCAACAUCCUCUGCAUCCUCUGCAUCCUCAGCUUCCUCAGCUCCCCCAGCAUGGUGAUUUUCCCUCGUGCCGGCAGAACAUGACGAGUCCACAUCAUACUCAACAGCAACAUCACUUCCAGGACUUUCAGCAGUUUCCAAAUUCGAGCACUUUCCAGCCUGAAAUGUACGCCCCUCGUUCGGCUCCUCAGCAACAGCAACAGCUCAUGGUGCCUGACCGUAGCCAAGCACACAUGCAGACACCUCUGGUGACUCAGGAACCAGCUCUUGAGCUCUACUAUACUACAGAUGAGUCUCAAUCCAACUCGAGCCGGGCAGAAAAGCCUCCCAGAACAAAUUCGCACGAAUGGCUAAAAAAUCGAGAUUUUCGUUCCAUAUGGAACCUCGGUGAUGUCUAUACCAAUUGGUUGGAUACUAGUCCCAACACGGUAGAGCCACACGUUAAACCUUUUCUUAAAAAGGACAUCAAGCUUGGCAUGUCGUCUCAGGAUGCAACAAAGGCCGCCAUAACUGACGGGUUCGUACGCGGUGCAGGAUGGGCCAUCAAGCUGUUUUUGAUGCAGAUCGAGAAAGAGAUGAGAGAAAGUGGCACAAUGCUUGGAUAUCGACCGCACAAGAAAGUUCAGAAGGCUGAAUUGGAAAGGUCUAUCAUAGACCAUAUUGUGAGGACAAAUCCACCCUCUAUCCAUGGAGCGCAGUGCGCCAAUGUUAUCGCCUGGGCAUAUGACGAAUUUUACCCGGGUGUUUUCCGCCAAGAGGGCAGCAGCGGCGCUCCACGGUAUCCAAAGGAGAUAUUUGACGCUUGGCAAACUCUCCGCGAGAAAACUUCACCAGAUCAGCUGAGACCAGUGCUCUUUGAUACCAGUACGGGCCUGACUGUGAUGACGGACAUUCAACCGUCUCGGCCACCAGUAGCCCAAGUUCGCGCCUUUGCGACUCAAACGGGACAAGAACCGGCCAUCAGAAUAGCUCAGUUUUCUGUUCCGGAGUCGAAAUACGAGCAUAUCGCAGUCAAUAGCGGAGAGAGCUUUUUUACCCACCCCGAGGUACCGGCGACCAUGGCACUCCAGCAAAUGAAACGGGCCGAGUCGAUGGCAUCGAGGUCCAUGAACAAGCCCCAAGGAACUCGGCAGCCUCCUAAGACGGCAGAGGAAAAGAAAGAAAAUAGAAAUCGCAAAGCGGACGAAAAGAUCAGAUGGACGCUUACUGGACAGUCGCGCACAAUUCAGCAUGAGCAGAUGACGGCCGUAUCCUACCAGUGCAGCGAUGGCGAAUUUCGUAUUUUGGAGGGGCAGAGGCUUGAAGAAGCUCAAGAUAGGACUCUCAAACUCCGCCGAAAACAGCAGGGGCCAAGAGCCAUACCAGAAGCUACGGGGACAAAGGCGCCCAUCACGGCUACAGAUGAAUCGCACGCUGUAGUUCCAGCUGGUGCUGAAGACAGAAGCCAUGAACAGGCGGCACCCUUCUCUGCCUACAGGAUUCAGAAGAUACAGGCGGUGGCUCAACGAGGUAGCAUCAACGAGAAUCAUCUGGCUAAUACAGGUGAAGUCAAGAGGAAGCGGGUGCCAGAUGAUGAUUCCGUACCAGGCGGGCGAAAGAGAGCACGACAAGAGGUGAAACAUGGACUCAGGGAGUCGAAGACAGGCAAAGAGAUGCUGUUUACUCCGUCGGUAGAUAUUUCCAACAACAGUUAG